UACAUCUCCCUUACUCACUUUCUCAUCUUUCUUUUCAUUUUCAUUCAAAAUCCAACACACCUUCCAUUUCCUCUCUCUUUAUUUUUCUUUAUAUUUAACUCCAAUUUUUUUAAUACUCGCCGGACUCUCCGUCGCCGAACGCUAACGUCUCUCCUCCGGUCACCUGGAUCGUUCGUUAAUUUUCAUUUAACGGUGUUGAGGUUUUUUGUAAUUUGGAAGUUCGCCAUUUUUAAUGCGUGAUGGUCUCAAGAUCAUAUGUGAACUUCUUAGACCUGGCCUCUGGCUACUUGUUGGACAUUCCCCAAACUCCAAGAUCUCUUCCUAGAGUGAUGACAGUCCCGGGAAUUAUCUCCAAUUUAGAAGGUUAUGGCAGUAACGAUGGGGAUUCGGAGGCCAACUCUUCUAUUUAUCAUGAACGGAAAAUAGUAGUGGCAAAUAUGCUACCACUGCAUGCUAAAAAGGACACUGAAACUGGCAAAUGGUGCUUCAGUCGAGACGAAGAUUCACUUUAUUUGCAACUAACAGAUGGAUUUUCUCCUGAAACUGAAGUUAUUUAUGUGGGAUCUCUCAAAGCUGAUAUAGAUGUUAGUGAGCAGGAAGAAGUCUCUCAAAAAUUGCUUGAAGAUUUCAACUGCGUGCCUACGUUUCUACCCCAGGACUUGCAGAAGAAGUUCUAUCUUGGGUUCUGUAAACAGCAGCUGUGGCCGCUUUUUCACUACAUGCUGCCAAUGUGCCCAGACCAUGGUGAUCGCUUUGACCGCGUGCUUUGGCAGGCAUAUGUUUCUGCUAACAAAAUAUUUGCCGACAAAGUUAUGGAAAUAAUCAAUCCAGAGGAAGAUUAUGUCUGGGUUCAUGAUUAUCACUUAAUGCUUCUGCCGACCUUUCUGAGGAAGGGCUAUAACCGCGUCAAGCUCGGAUUUUUCCUUCACAGUCCAUUCCCUUCAUCCGAAAUAUAUCGAACAUUGCCAGUCCGGGACGAAAUUCUGAGGGGACUUCUGAAUUGUGAUUUAAUCGGUUUUCACACGUUUGAUUAUGCACGGCAUUUUCUCUCAUGUUGUAGCAGAAUGCUGGGAUUGGACUAUGAAUCUAAGAGGGGGCACAUUGGUCUUGAUUAUUUUGGCCGUACAGUGUACAUUAAGAUACUACCGGUUGGUAUACACAUGGGCAGACUCGAAUCCGUAAUGAAUCUGCCCUUAACAUCUGCUAAAGUCAAGGAAAUUCAAGAAAAGUUCAAAGGCAAGAAACUUAUUCUUGGUAUUGAUGACAUGGAUAUAUUUAAAGGCAUCAGCCUGAAGUUAUUAGGAAUGGAACAACUCUUGCAGCAACAUCCAAACUUGCGGGGAAAAGUGGUUCUGGUGCAGAUUGUGAAUCCUGCGAGGGGGUCAGGGAAAGAUGUUCAAGAAGCAAAGAGCGAAACAUAUCGUACUGCUAAAAGGAUUAAUGAGGUUUAUGGUUCACCUGAAUACGAGCCUGUUAUUUUGAUCGAUCGUCAUGUUCCUCGAUAUGAGAAGACCGCUUAUUAUGCCCUAGCAGAAUGUUGCAUAGUGAAUGCUGUGAGAGAUGGGAUGAAUUUAGUACCUUACAAAUAUAUAAUUUGCAGGCAGGGAACCCCAUAUAUGGAAAAAGCUCUGGGCAUUGAAGCAGAUUCUCCUCGAACAAGCAUGCUUGUUGUGUCCGAGUUCAUUGGUUGCUCACCUUCUUUAAGUGGAGCAAUCAGGGUAAACCCAUGGGACAUUGAUGCAGUAGCUGAUGCCUUAAGUCUGGCCAUUACCAUGCCCGAAUCUGAGAAGCAGUUACGCCAUGAAAAACAUUACCGUUAUGUUAGUACUCACGAUGUAGCUUAUUGGGCACGCAGCUUUAUGCAGGAUUUGGAGCGAGCGUGCCAAGAUCAUUUUAACAAAAGGUGUUGGGGAAUUGGUUUUGGCCUGGGGUUCAGGGUUGUCUCUCUUUCCCCUAGCUUCAGGAGGUUGGGUAUUGAUCACAUUGGCUCAGCAUAUAAAAGGACAAACAGAAGAGCAAUAUUUCUGGAUUAUGAUGGUACUGUUAUUCCGCAGAGUUCAAUUGUUAAAAGUCCCAGCCCUGAAGUCAUCUCUGUUCUGAGAACUCUGUCAAACGAUCCGAAUAACACUGUGUUCAUUGUUAGUGGGAGAGGAAGAGAAUCACUUAGUGACUGGCUUGAGCCUUGUGAAAAUUUAGGAAUAGCAGCUGAACAUGGAUAUUUCAUGAGAUGGAACAGAACUUCUGAAUGGGAAACCAAUCAUGUCGCUGAUGAUCUUGAUUGGAAAAACAUUGUGGAACCGAUAAUGAGACUGUAUACAGAGACAACUGAUGGCUCCAAUAUAGAAGUCAAGGAAAGUGCUUUGGUAUGGCACCAUCAAGAUGCAGACCCUGAUUUUGGAUCCUGCCAGGCUAAAGAAUUGUUGGAUCAUCUCGAAAAUGUUCUUGCGAAUGAAGCAGCUGUUGUUACGAGAGGCCAGCAUAUUGUUGAAGUUAGACCUCAGGGAAUAAGUAAAGGACUUGUUUCUGAAAAAGUUCUAUUGGACAUGGUCAAUCGUGACAAUUCACCUGAUUUUGUUCUCUGCAUUGGUGAUGAUAGAUCAGAUGAGGACAUGUUUGAGAGUUUAUUGAGCACAGUUUCCGGCCCAAGUUUACCUGCAUCUCCGGAUAUUUUUGCCUGCACUGUUGGGCGGAAACCAAGUAAGGCCAGAUAUUAUCUUGACGAUGCUUCUGAUGUGAUGAAAUUGCUUCAAGGCCUUGCAACUUCUUCAUGCCCAAGACCUAAGCACAUUGAAGAAACCCUUGUUUCUUUUGAGAGUGUUAGUUGAGUUGGAUAAAGCUGGUAAAUUCUGCAUCAUUUCGAUUUCGUGGUUUUCGACCGUUGAUCUGUUGAUCUUAACUUUAUUUGUGCACGAGAUAACUGCACAGACUCUAUUCUUGUUUUUCAACAUCCAUUGAAAUGGAUGGCUUGCAUGGAUUGAGGGUGAGGAUCAUACAAUUCUUGUUGAUGUAUAGAGUGAGACGAGUCUUGAAUUUACUGGCGCCAUUAGCCCUCCGGAGUUUCUGACAGAGACGACCGGUAUUUUUUUUCAUUCCCACUCUUUCAAAAUUAGGAGGCCCCAUUAACUUGUAUAGGCACACUGUUACUGUCACAAUUUGAUUGAUACGCAUGUCAAUUUUACUCUGUAUCAACAUGAUUGGAAUGUUUCUUGGUAUAGCAUGGUUCAGUGAUAUUUGCAUGAUGCUAUUGUAUAUAGUUUUGUGUUGCCAUCUCAAUUUUUACGAUAACAAAUAUACCUUUUUUGUGAA